AUGACAGCAAGAUUAUUGUUUUGUAAAUCGCAGGUUUAUAUUCAUAGAAGUAAAGAUGCUAGAGAUAAUUUAAAUGGGUUUAUUAUUAUUACACAGAAUUAUGAAGAUGGAAAUAAUGGUGUUGCCUGUGCUGCAGGUCCCUCAGGAUCUGAUUCUCUUCUCUCAUGGAUUUCUAUAACUUCUUUAAAUAAUUCACAACGAGCUUGGUUAUUGAAACAGGAAGAUAAAUUGAUUGAGAAUGUUGCAACUAAUUCAUAUCAUUCAAAAAAAGUGAUUAAAAUGAACUCACAAAUUCUUAAUUGUGCAAAAUCCAACUCUAUAGGUUCCUUUUCUGUUUCAUUGCAUUCUCUUUAUUCAAUAGAAUUCAGAGACCCAAGUCCUAGUGGGUGGUGGUACGGAUCGAUAUUAUUGCAUUCUUUGUCACCAAUAGAAGAUUCUAUCUUGCCUGUCUUAUUCUUCCAUGAUGAUCUAUGUCCUUCUACCAUAAAAAGACAGAGUUUAUUGAAAAAAUCCUUUGAUCCGUUCGCUAACACUGGAAACGUAUAUUGGGGUGGUAUCGAUCUUAGAAAUAAAAUUAGUGAAUUGGUGGAUUUAAAGAGAACUCAGUUAGAUAAGUCUGUAUGGUUGAUUAACGCUACUUUAGAUGAUUUAAGAAAUUUUUCAUCAGAUAAAUUAAACCAAACAGACUUGAAUAGCACUAGUACUAAUAAUAAUAAUAAUAAUAAUGGUUCUACUAUAUCAGAUCAAUUUUGGAAAAAAUUUGAAGAUACAAAAUGGUCUGUUAUGUCGCAGAUCGCUAAUGCAACUUCAAAAACAGGUUUAUUGGUAUCUAAUUUAGUUAAAAGGCAUCCUGUAAUACAAUUUAUUGAUCGAAAUCGUGGAAAUCGAUAUAUAAAACAAAUGUUAGAAAACCCUAGGGUUCAAGAAGUUCAAAAUGAUUUCGAUUCAGCAAGUAUAUAUUUAGCCAAAUGGGCUCUCGGUGUUAAAGAAGAAGUUGAUAGGUACCAGUUAAACAACCGAUUGAAUGAUACAUAUCGGAAAUUAUUAACAAAGGAUUUAGGGUUUGAUAUCACUGGUGAUACAACUUUCACCCCAUUAGAGAUCAAUAAAGCUUUGGAGAGAAGUUUCCCAUUGACCAAAACUAAAUGGGAUUCAUUUUUCGAUUCCCAAGGUAGGCUUUGCAUUACAAUUAAUGAAAUAAAAGAUUAUAUUUUCCAUGGAGGAAUUGAUACAAUGGAGUUAAGGAAAGAGGUUUGGUUAUUCCUUUUGGAUGUUUAUCCUUGGGAUUCUUCCAAAGAUGAAAGGGAUCAAAUAUUAGCAACUUUAACGGAAACAUACCAGGAAUAUAAAAAUAAGUGGAUGUUUAGAGUGACGAGUUUUGAUGAUACAGAAGAAAUGGUGAAGGAGGAAGAAUAUUGGAAUGAUCAAGUAUUUAGGAUCGAUAAGGAUGUGUUAAGAAAUGAUAGAAAUAUACCCUUGUAUCAUUUUAAUACAGUAGACGGUAAACCAGAUAAACCAAAGGGGAAUGGAAAUGAGGAUGAUUCAAACCCUGAUAAUGAAAACCCUGAUAAUUGGUCGAUUAAUAAUCCACAUCUACUGAGAUUAAGAGAUAUUUUAAAGACAUAUAAUGUGCUAAAUAAUAAUCUUGGAUAUGUUCAAGGGAUGUGUGAUUUGUUGUCUCCAAUAUAUUAUGUAUUUCAAGAUGAAGUCUUAGCGUUUUGGUGUUUUGUUAAAUUUAUGGAUAGAAUGGAGAGAAAUUUCUUAAGAGAUCAAUCAGGUAUAAGAGAUCAAAUGUUGACAUUAUCUGAAUUAACCACAAUGAUGCUACCACAAUUAAGUGAGCAUUUACAGAGGUGUGAUUCUUCUAAUUUAUUUUUUUGUUUUCGUAUGUUGUUGGUAUGGUUCAAACGAGAAUUUUCAUUUAAUGAUGUUUGCUCAAUAUGGGAAAUAUUUUGGACCGACUAUUACACUUCGCAAUUUCAAAUAUUCUUCAUGUUAGCCAUUUUACAAAAGAAUAGUCAACCAAUUACACAACAUUUAAAUCAAUUCGAUCAAGUAAUAAAAUUUUUUAAUGAUUUACAUAACACUAUGGAUUGGAAUGAUUUAAUGGUGAGAAGUGAAUUAUUAUUUAUACGUUUUCAGAAAUUAAUGAAUGUGAUGGAUAGAAGAACUCAGCAAAAUUAUUAUCACCAACAGCAGCAAAUACCAUCUGGCACAGAUCAAGAAGAUGAAGAAGAAAUUAUAACAGGCAUCACAAAUGAUAACGGAAUAACUACUAGUGGUGUAGAAUUACACGAAGUUGAUUCAAAUGGUGAAGAACAUCCAGUAGAUCAAGAAAAUGAAAAAAAAUAUUCACCUAAUAACAGCCCAUACUUACAAUUGUUACUUAAAAAGACUUUAAUUAUUCAACGGGAGCCACCAAGAACUCAUGAAUCAGUUAAAUGA